AUGGCCGACAACAUGGAUGAAAGUCGCCGGGCGAUGAUUAAUGGCCAGAGGUCUCCCCGUCGACGAAAUCCCACCUCGGCCAGAGUUGACCCCCACAACCGAGUCACCAAACCUACGCGUCCGGGACCGUCAAGCUCUGCGAAGAAGAAGAAGAAGCAUGCAGUCUCGUAUCUCACAGAGGAGGAGCAGUCGCGAAAGUUUGUGGCAGAUGAAGACCAGUUCGUCCUGAAACAGUCCAAGAAGAAGGCAGACAUUCGGGUACGCGAGGGACGAGCCAAGCCCAUCGACCGCCUAGCUUUCAACUUGCGAUACAUUGAUGCGGAACGAGAUGUCUUCGACGACGACGAGUCGGAUCUCGAUAUUGCUCUCGGCUCGCCAGCGGACAUUAUCUGCACGCUCAACUUGGCCCAGCUGAAGGAGCUCGAGUCGGAUAUUGCGUCGUACCACAUUCUCGAGACGGACAGGCGCAACCGUCGGUACUGGGAGGCUUUGCGCACUCUCUGCGUCGACAUGCAGUCCAAGGUUGAUGCCAACGCACGGGAGGGGCGCGUGGUGAACAGCGUUGUCGACGACAUUGACAAGAUCCUCAGCCCCAAGACCUACGACCAGUUGGAAGCGUUGGAGAAGCAAAUCAAGGCCAAGCUGCGAUCGGACGACGACAUCGACACGGAUUACUGGGAGCAGCUUUUGCGCCAUCUGCACGUAUGGAAGGCCAGAGCGACACUGGCCAAGAUUUACGACGACAUCCAGGAACAGCGUGCUGAAAAAAUGAGGGCUCGAGGGCCAGCAGCAGCAGCAGUACCUUGCGAUCCAAUGCCCACGAUAUCAUACCGAGAUCCGGCCGCCAGAUCCUCUGCAGCCGCCGCCGCCGCCGCCGCCGCCGCCGCAGCCUCCGCAGCUGCCGAAGCCUCCGCAACUGCCGCAGCUGUUCAACCUGUCGACGUCUCAGAUUCUUCCAACGUAACAAAGGCCUUGUACGAGCGAGAGGCGGCCAGAGGCAUAUCGGAAAACGAGGAGAUUUUCAAUGCGGAGGAAGAGCUUGCCACCGUGACCAAGCCUCAAUGGGCAUACAAGUACAGAGCACGAAAACCCAGAUACUUCAACAGAGUCCAGAUGGGGUACGAAUGGAACAAGUACAACCAGACGCACUACGAUCACGAUAACCCACCGCCAAAAGUUGUUCACGGAUACAAGUUCAACAUAUUCUACCCCGACCUCAUCGACAAGACGAAAGCCCCGACGUUCAAGAUAAUCCGCGAGCAUGGAAGAAGACGCGGAGAGUCGUUUGCCGCGGCCGGCGAAGAGGACACUUGCCUCAUCCGGUUCAUUGCUGGACCGCCUUAUAGGGAUAUUGCGUUUCGAAUCGUAGAUCGAGAAUGGGAUUAUAGUUCCAAGAGAGAGCGCGGGUUCAGGAGCUCCUUUGAAAGGGGCAUCUUGCAACUUCAUUUCCAGUUUAAAAAGAUCUUCUAUCGCAAAUAG